GUUGGGUGCGCCGCUGUGACGUCACGAUCACGUGACCAGAAAAACGAAAAGGCCGAGUCGAUAAAAACAUUUUUGUUGCCAACUUUUCCUCCGCAACUUUUUUUUCUGUUGAUUUUAAAGAGCUGAGAGACGCCAAGAUGACCGAUCAGCUCCAGAGGGUCCUAUCGGAGAAGAAGGACCUGGUGGAGACGGUGAUGGAGGUCUUCGAGCAGGGCGCCGAGGUGGUGGCCAGCAUCGCCGGCGACCUCUUCCCCAUCUUCUCCAUCGCCGCGCCCAUCGUCAAGCUGGCGCUGGACAACGUGGAGUGCAAGGAGGCGGUCUACAUGAAGGAGCAGUUCCAGAAGGUGCGCGACCGCCUGGAGGUGGUCUCGGAGCAGAUGCAGAGGAUCCACGAGGAGAUCAAGAAGAGCGCCAUGGACGCCGCCUACUUCUCUAUAGAGGAGAACAUCACCAACCAGUUCAGGAAGUACAUGGACAUCCUCAACGCCAAAGCCAAGUUCCGGGAGGUCAAGAAGAAUCUCUUCCUGCAGCAUUUUGACAAGACGGGCGGCGACAAGAACCUCCACGUUCUCUACAACGCCGUGAUGGGCAGCACCUUCUCCGGGGAGCCCGUGCUGGAAGUUGUCCUUAAUUACGAGGAGAAGAGUCGGCGGCCGACGGAGGACUUCUGUGCCAGGCUGAAGAACCUCUUCUGCGUGGGCAUCAUCGCACUGUUGGGCCACGCCGCCCUGAAGGGCUACGGCGAGGAGGAUGCGCUCCUGAAAGACUGGAGCGACAAGAUGAAGGAGGUCCAGGGCAAAAUGAACGCCGUCAUCGAGGAUUGCGUCGUCAGCUUCCCCAAACAGGCAGAGCUGGAUUCACGUCGGCUGGUGAGGGACAACCCGGGCUGGAGCAACCAGCAGCUGGCCGACGCCAUCAUAGACAUGCUGAAGAAGAAGUACGACUGGGUCGGCUGGUCGGUGCGUGUCUUCAAGCCCCCCUCGGGUCUGUUUGCCAGGAAGAAUUAUCACUGCCCCGCGGGGAAUAACCGCUUCCAGGUGCCCACGCCAAACGACAAACCCAUCGUGGUGGUGUCUUUCAGCUCAUCCCCAGAACCUGUGGACCACCACAAGAUCCAGGAGCUGAUCCACAGCCAGAAGAAGCUCGGCGCGGCGGCCGUGGCCGAGAUGCUGUUUGAGGAGCUGCCCGGCUGUGCCAUCCACACGGCAAAGGCCAGCAAGGACCUGGUCUGCACUUGGAGCUUCUCAGACGAGCUGCACUACUGGGGGCAGCACAGUAACUUGUACGUCUGCGUCCACUCGGCCUGAGACACCUUGCUGCACUUUUCACCUUCCUCACAUUCCUGCUGCUGCUCACUGCUCCCCCUCACCUCCCCCUCACUUUUUUCUCGUAGAAUUUGCCUCAAUUUUGAAAAAAUAACCACUUUUUCUUGUAAUAUUCCGACUUUAUUCUCAUAACAUUGUGGAUUUUUUUCCGUGAUACGCCAACUUAAAUCUCGUAAAAUUCCAACUUUUUUCCU